UCUGCAAUUAAAUUUUUAGAUAUUAUUAUAAUCGAAGGACAAGAAUCUCUAGCUGGGAGAAACCUCUAGAGCUGAUGACAGAUAUGGAGAGGGCGGAUGCAUCAACUGACUGGAGAGAAUUUACAAGUCCUCAGGGAAAAAAGUAUUACUACAACAAGGUUACUAGAAAGUCAAAAUGGAAAAUGCCUGAUGAAGUCAAGUUGGCUCGUCAGGGUAUGAAAGUGGAUUUAGUCAAGGGAUUGGGAAAAGAAAGGGACAGUAUUUCACACGCUUCUGAUUUUGGAUCCAUUUCUGGUGUGAAAACAUCAUCCCCCAGUGCAAAUGGUUCACCAGUCUCAGCACAAGGAGCUAUGUCAAGCCCAAUUGCUGUGGCACCAGUUUCUAACUUACCAACUAUUGUGGCUUCAGAAUCAUCAAGUUUAUCUGGUAAUAUUUCUUCCCUGACGAUUGGUGCAGUCGAAAUGCAGAAUUCUUUGGAACCUGCCUCGCCAGCUGUUGCUACUUCAGAGAAAAAUGGAACAGCAGUAACCUUGGAAAAUUCUGUUGCAACACCAGUGACUAGUUCUGAGUUUCCUUCAGCUCAGGACUCAAUAGUGUAUGAAGAUGGAGUUUCUCUGGAAAAUACGGAGGAAGUUAAGAAAGAUGCUACGAUAUCUGAAACAGGCAGUGUUACUCCAUCAGAAGAGAAAACAGUUGAGCCGGGACCAUUAGUUUAUGAGAGCAAAGCGGAGGCAAAGAGUGCAUUCAAAAUUCUUCUAGAGUCUGCAAAUAUUGGGUCUGACUGGACGUGGGAUCAGGCAAUGAGAGCAAUAAUCAAUGACCGGAGAUAUGGUGCUCUAAAAUCUCUUGGUGAGCGGAAGCAAGCUUUUAAUGAGUAUCUGAGCCAUAAGAAAAAACUGGAAGCUGAAGAGAGACGUGUUAAACAGAAGAAAGCUCGGGAAGAUUUCAGGAUAAUGUUAGAAGAGUGCAAGGAGCUGGCACCAUCUACAAGAUGGAGUAAGGCAAUCUCCAUAUUCGAACAUGAUGAACGUUUUAAAGCUGUUGAACGAGCAAAAGAUCGUGAGGACCUUUUUGAAGAUUAUAUGGAGAAACUUGAGAAAAAGGAGCGUGCAAGGGCAUUGGAGGAGCAGAAGCGCAACAGAGUGGAGUAUUUAGAAUUUUUAAAAUCCUGUGACUUUAUUAAGGCCAGCAGCCAGUGGCGGAAAGUUCAGGACCGCUUAGAAGAUGAUGAAAGAUGCUCUUGCCUUGAGAAAAUUGACCGUUUGGAGAUUUUCCAGGAAUAUAUACGUGAUUUAGAGAGGGAAGAGGAGGAGCACAGGAAACUGCGGAUGGAUGAAUUGAGGAAAGCAGAACGUAAAAAUCGUGAUGAGUUCCGAAAACUGAUGGAAGAGCAUCUUGCUGCGGGAAUACUUAAUGCAAAAACUAACUGGCGUGAUUAUUGCAUCAAGGUCAAAGAUUUACCUGCAUAUCAGGCUGUCUCAUCAAAUACCUCAGGGCCAACAGCAAAAGACUUAUUUCAAGAUGUUUUUGAUGAGCUGGAGAAACAGUAUCUUGAUGACAAGUCACGCAUUAGAGAUGCAGUUAGGAUGGCUGAGAUAGGACUGACAUCAACCUGGACGCUUGAAGAUUUUAAGGUUGCAAUUGCAAAGGAUAUUAGCUCUCCACCGAUAUCAGAUACCAACUUAAAGUUUGUCUUUGAAGAGUUACUGGAAAGGGCCAGGGAGAGAGAAGAAAAAGAAGCUAAAAGACGUAAACGUCUAGCAGAUGAAUUCUAUGAACUUCUGCAUACAUCAAAGGAAAUUACUGCAUCAUCAAAAUGGGAGGACUGCAAAUCCAUCUUCGGAGAUAGAAUAAUGGGCGAAGAGAGCUUUCUUCUGGAAAUAUUUGACAAAUUCAGUAGUGAACUAAAAGAAAAGGCAAAAGAGAAGGAGCGGAAGCGGCAAGAGGAUAAGGCAAGAAAAGAGAAGGAAAGGAAAGAUAGAGAAAAGAAGAAGGAAAAGCAUAGAAGGGAUAAAGACAGAGGGGAUAAAAGCAGGAAAGAGAGGGAAAGAACCAAGAAAGAUGGCACAGACAGCGACAAGGCUGAUACAUACAGUUUCGAGGAGAUCAAAAGGUUAGGAAGUGACAGAGAUAAGAAACACCGCAAGCGGCAUAUGAGUUCCUUUGAUGACAAUGAAAAUGAGAAAGAUCAUUCAAGAAAUUCUUACAGACAUGAUAAUGAUCAUAAGAAGUCAAAACAGGUGGACCAGCACGUGUGGAGUUCUGAAGUUAAUUCCGAGGGCCAGCAUAAGAAACAAAAGCGAGAUCAUAGGAGUGGUUCUCAUAGGGAUGGUGACAGUGAGGAUCAUAAAGAUGGGGAAUUUGGUGAGGAUGGAGAAGUUCGGUAGCUU